CACUUUACAGAUAACGAAUGAGCUUGGCAACGAUGUUUACUACAGCGUUCAGGACUACAUUACCCACAAUGCACUGCUCACCGUUGUCAAAAGUCUUGCUUUCUUGGGUCACUUAUCGAACUCUGGCCGUGUCAGGCAGCUUACUUUCUCUUAUUUGACGGAAUAAUGCAUUUGUCAGGUGCUGGCCUCGGGGAAAUAGGGCACGGGCAGGGGCCCGGAGCAGGACCAGCGCCUGGAAGCUGCAAUCCGCGUAAAUUCAGCGAGAAAAUCGCCCUGCACAAUCAGCGACAGGCUGAAGACACAGCCGCUUUCCGAGAGGUUAUGAUGGACGUUACUUCCAUCAGGGUUCAGGCUGAGAGGAUACGGCAAACCAGAGACAUGGUCCCGUACUAUGGAGGGUCGCUGCCAAACGUCAAUCAGAUCUCAAGAUGCUCCACAGAGACCCAGUACCCAAGUUAUCUCACCCAGCAGCUCCUAGAGGCAGAUGAAGAGUACAGAGACGUCCAGCCCACUCCUCUUGGCAGACUGCACAGGAGACACUUUGAUAGUGCUCCCUAUCUCUCUACCCACCUUUCUCCUCCUCGAGGUCCAACCUGGAGAAGAAACUGGUCCAGUUGUUCUGCCACUGAGAAGAGCCAGAUGGUCCGUCUUCCUCUGACAGCUCUUAAUAGAACCAACUCAGACUCAGCCCUCCACACCAGUGUGCGAAACACCCAGUUGCAUGGCCACCCGAAAUCUGUCCAAACCCUGAACCCCCAAUCCAGACACCAUGGGUUUGCACAUCCAGCACCACUAAUUGAAGAAAAUAUUCAAGAGGAGACACAAUCUCCCAAACUGAAGAAGUUAUCCUCAAUAGCAACAUCAGGAUGUGAAACAGCUGUUGUUCACAACUUCCCAUUGCCCGAUCAGCAGUUGUCGUCCCUCCCUGUCCCAUCAGCCCUCAGUACGAGCGGCUCUCUUCCAGACCUCUCCAGUCUACACCUGCCUUCUCCUCUUCCUGUAGGCCAGGAUUCAGAGCCUCACAGCGGUGCAGAACAACUGAACAACAUUUCGAUGCACCCCAACAUUAUGGCUGACUUUAACUUACCAGGUCUGUCAUCAUCUCUUCAGGCAUCUUUAAGUAACCCUUUGCUCCAGUCUUCACUCAGCAAUCCUAACAUCCAGACCUGUCUGAGCAGCCACUCCCUGCCCAGCUCUCUCAGCUCCGCUUCUUUGCGCCUGUCACUUAGCAACUCUUCCCUGCAGUCAUCGCUCAGCAACCAGUCCCUGCAGUCCUCCCUUAGCAGCUCUUCACUGAGUAACCAGUCCAUCCAAUCGUCUGCCAGCCGCUGCAGCCACAGCAGUGGAAUCGGCGGAUCUCGCUCUUGCUCCUCGUCUUCUCUGUCUGGUUCUCCACGUGUAACUGGCCACACCCAUGCCACUACGUCCCGCAAGAGAACCCAGCUCAGCCCACUCAUUGUGCCCAAUGGUGGAGAGUCCCGCUGGCAGCAUCCAAAGCAGUUCUCACCCACAGUGUCUCCAACCAUGUCUUCUGUAUCCCAGGCUUCUCUCCUCAACCCUAACAAAGUUCAUAAGGACACAAAGCCACCAGCAUAUCCCUGCUCUCAACACCUCAGAUCUGCUCCUCCACUGUCCCAUCAGCCAAUGCGCCAGUAUUUCCAGCCAGAAGCACAGCAUCAGUCAAUCCCAGAGAUGGAACAAUGGAGUCAAGAUGAGCACCAGUCACAACAUCAACAACCACAUACUCAGACACAACAACACCACGCUCACAAACACAGUCGGCCCCUGCACCAUCCUUCACAGCCACACGCUAAAUAUCAUCAGCAGUUACUGUAUCCUUCCCAAACUCACCAACCACAUAUUUCUCUGCAAGCACUUACCCAGCAGCAACAACAACAACAACAACAACAACAACAACAUCAACAACAACAACAUCAACAACAACUGUACACACAGUUCCAGCCUCAUCAGAUGCCUGAGGAGCAGUACCAGUGUCAGAGUCAGUGGCAGAUGCCAUGCCAAGAGGGCCAGUACCAAAAUCAGCAGCUACAUCAACCUAUAACUUUCCCAUCACCAGGUCAAGAGAAAAACUGGAAAGAUAUAACAGGCCCACGUAGCUUGCAACAUGCACAAAUGAAACGCAGACACUGUAUGCAGAUGCCAGAAGAAACAAAACCACUAUCUAAGGUCGCUGUCCACGAGACUCAAGGAAAGGAAUCAAAGGUCCCUCAUUAUAAGGAAAGUGAAGUAACUGGAGCAAAUCCAGAUUUACAGGAUAAAGGUUUUGAACUGAACAAGGAAUCGUAUGUUGGCUUACAUCUUACCCCUAGCCAGGCAAAGGCCCUUUCCCAGCAGCUUGGAGUGCUUCAAAAAGAGCCUCUAGGUGGCAGUAGAGUGUCAGAUCUUAACUGUGAAGCUGCAGAAAGCAAGGAACAGCUAGCACAGAAUCAAAGCUACAGUGCUGGAGAGACACAAAAUAUGUUCAACAUCAACUUAUCCGAUCCAUCAUCCUGGCUGGACCAGGAUAUAUCAAGUCUGCCGGACUCUGUUUUGGAGUUUGAUCUAGAAACGUUCGGCCUGGACAGCAACUUGGGUUGGCCAUGAAUGUAAAAAAAGUGAUAUGUGUGUUAUUAUGACACAUCUGUUUUAACAAGUACCCUUUUAAGAGAAUAUUUUUUUGCCAAUGGAACUGAAAUAUAAUUCUUAGGGUCAAAUAGAAUGUAAACUAUAAAUUGGCUUAAAGGUUCUUUAAGGGAACACAGAGGUCCUAAAUAGCAGGUCUAUGUGCCUUAAUAUGCAUUUUUGGUUAUAUAUUAUUAUAAAUAGAAUGAAUAGAUUAUGUACAGAUACAUGAAGUCAAGUCAUGUAAGAGGAAAUGUAUAUUUUAACAUUUCAUAGCAUAGAAUAACUGGUAUAUUAUGGAAAUGUAAGAAAAUAUGGCUAGUUUAGGGCCAACUUGUCUUGAUGUUAAAAUUAAAGAUAGUAACAUUUUUAAGAUUUUACUCUUUAACAUUUAGAUCAAAACUAAUUAUGCAUAACUCAGACUUACAGAUUUCGUAUCCAUUUGUUUGCAUGUUAUAGUCUUUUGUUAUAGUGUGACUGGGGUCAUUUUUGUGACUUCUUGUAACUGACUGUUGACAGCUACCUUUGAAUUUCCAUAUCGUUUUGUUGCAGUUUCAUCUUUCAUAAUUAUUCAUAAUGCAUUUUUUUCAUAUUGAUUUUGCUUUAUCACUCUCUGGUAGAGGUCAUGUUGUUUUUCAGUAUUUGUCUUCAAUGUGAAAACAAAAAUAUUUUCAGUAUGCAUAUUGAAAUACAUUUACAUUUCUGACAGAAUUAAUAACAAUAUGAACAGAAAUGCCAUCUGUAAAUUCCAGAAGUAUUGCAAUUAAAAGUGGACUAAU